AUGUCCAACAAAGGCACGGACACUCAUCAAAUUGCCAGUGUCACAAGCCAUGCACAAUUAGAGGACCAUGAGGUUGACAUACAAGCAAUUACUUCGAAUCCUUUAUCAUUAGGUGAAGUUGGCACAACAUUAACAAAUGCUCAGAAAGAUUUUGUUUUACGCAGGUUGCAUUUCGACGCUUUGGAGUCCUUUGAUGAAUUGCCACCACAGGCCACUUUCAUAUUCGAGAAAAUCAAACAAAUGUCCACUGAAAAGACUGUCAGGAUUUUGAAGGAGGAUGUCAAAGAGCAUAAUGAUGAUAUGAACAUACUUGGAGAUGAUUUGGAAUUAUGGAAAAGAUAG